AUGCCGUCCCCUCCAAUCCAAACGGCACCGAAUGUGGAUUGCCUGGAGUCAGAGGCCUUCAAUUCAGGGGAAGAACGCUUGAAAGCCUAUGAUGUCAGGGUGGUCACUUCAGAAAUUGAGGCUCGAUUGAUUCAAAAUCUUGAGGAUAUUGUUGAGGGGCAGGGCAAUGAAGUUGGUGCUCAAAAGGAGCCUGAGAAGAUAGGGCUAUUGGAGCAAGAACUUGAUGUAGAAGUCAAACCACCGGAAGUAGUGAAGCUUGGGAUCGAAUGUGAGGCUCGAUUGGUUGAGGAGCUGGAAGUUAUUGUAGAGGGGCAGACGAAUGAAGAUAGUACUGAAAGGGAGCCCGAGAAGAUAGGGCAAUUGGAGCAAGACUUGCAGGUGGACGCUGAGCCACCGGAAGUAGGGAAGCUUGAAGAUAUUGUGGAGGGGCAGACGAAUAAAGAUGGGAGCACGAAGGAGGGAGAGCCCGAGAAGCUAAGGCUAUUGGAGCAAGAAAUGGAGGUAGACGUUAAGCCUCCGGAAGUAGAGAAGCUUGGAAUCGAAUGUGAGGCUCAAUUGAUUCAAAACCUGGAAAAUAUUGUGGAAGGGAGGACGAAUGAAGAUGAUGUUGAAGAGGUGCCCGAGAAAUUAAGGCUCUCGGAGCACGAGUUUGAGGCGGACGUUAACCCACCGGAAGUAGACAAGCUUGGGGUCGAAUGCCACAUCCAGGAGGCACAGAAUUCCGUCGAAAAAUUUACAUCAGAGCAUGAAAUUCCUGAUCUAGACGAUCAAAAGAUAGAUACGAAUUGCAUCAGACCCCCGGAAAGCUUUGAACCAACUGAACGGACCGUAACACAGACGUCUACACCCCCAACUGCUGAUCACGAUCAAGAUAAGACCCUCGAAACCGUACCCAACCCCAUCAUCGUAUCUCUACCCGAAAUCAUCGUCUCAGACACCCCAGCUGAAGCCGCAGACAAAUUAGCGAUGCAGCUGGAUGAUGAUGACUCAAUGAAUACAUCCAGGGACAGGCCUUCUCCGCCCAUCCCUCCGAUAACAAAUCGAGAAAUAAACAACGGCGCAACCCAUUUCCAUUCUGCCAUCCAUACCACCACCCACAUUCAACACGAAAUGCCCAGCGAUGAACGCCGCUUUUCCCUGCAACCGAAUUCCACUGACAACAAAAGGUAUCUUUCUGGCACUAUUAAUUUUUAUAGGGUU